AUGGCCUGGAAAAAGCAUCCAUCAGCGUUAGAAGAGGUCUGUUUGCGGGGCCCAAGGUCUACAGUAUGCCGGGCAAUUCUUGUGACAAGUAUUGUCUGGUUGUUACUUGAUGUCAUCGUUUUGUUACACUACCUCGACCCAGCCAGCAAUACAAACAAAGAAAAAACACUAAUCCGAGCAAAUCGGUUAGUACAAUCAAAUAAUGAUGUGGAGACUGGGGAUGGUGGAUUUAAUCCAGGGCAGGCAAGAGGACCGCCAGCACCUCCAGAACCUACUGAAGAAGUUUAUGGAAAACCCGAAGAUCGUCGAUAUUUAGAAAGAUUAAUGCGAGUACCCGCCUUCAAUCCGGAGACUACUGAUGGAAACCUUGGAACGGGAGUACAAAUCCCAGCCGACAAAGCUGAUGAACAAACGAAACGGUUCAAAGAAAACCAAUUUAAUGUAAUGGCCUCCGAGAUGAUGAGCGUCAACCGUACAUUGCCAAACCAUCAAUCACCCAGCUGCAAAUCCGUUCAAAAGACCUACGCUGGGGCAAAUCUUCCAAAAGUCAGCAUUAUCAUUGUCUUCCACAAUGAAGGCUGGACGACAUUGUUGCGGACCCUGCAUUCCGUAUGCAAUCGAUCGCCAUUACAUUUGCUGGAAGAAAUUAUUCUCAUUGACGAUAUGUCGGAUCGGGAUUAUUUGAAAGGACCUCUGGAUAUUUACAUCAGAAGAUUACCGAUACCGAUUAAAAUCAUUCAUCUGCCACGAAGAUCUGGUCUGAUUCGGGCUCGUUUGACCGGAAGUGAGGCUUCAAAGGCGCCCGUUCUGCUUUUCCUUGAUGCACACGUGGAGGUGACAGAAGGAUGGUUGGAGCCACUUUUGUCUAGAGUACAAGCUGACCGGACGGUGGUUGUCGCACCAAUUAUCGAUGUGAUUUCCGACGACGAUUUCGAAUAUGUGACAGCUUCUGAAACAACAUGGGGUGGCUUCAACUGGCACCUGAACUUCCGCUGGUACUCCGUACCACCUAGAGAGAUGAAGCGCCGGAACCACGAUCGAGCUUCACCUAUCAAAACUCCUACAAUUGCUGGAGGUCUCUUCGCCAUUGACCGUUCAUAUUUCUAUGAAAUUGGUUCUUACGAUGAGGGCAUGGAAGUUUGGGGUGGAGAAAAUUUGGAGAUUUCAUUCAGGGUCUGGAUGUGUGGUGGUUCACUAGAAAUCCACCCAUGCUCGAGGGUAGGCCACGUGUUCCGUAAGCAAACUCCGUACACUUUCCCCGGUGGAACAGCCAGGGUAAUCCACCAUAACUCCGCCCGUACCGCUGAAGUAUGGAUGGAUGAAUACAAGGAAUUCUUCUAUAAAAUGGUCCCAUCUGCAAAGAGAGUCGAUGCUGGAGAUAUGACUUCUAGGAAAGAGCUGCGGAAUAAGCUGCAAUGCAAGAGUUUCCAAUGGUAUUUGGAGAAUGUAUAUCCAGAGGCACCCCUUCCAAUUACAUUUGUCUCUCUUGGUCAAGUUGCCUCGGGACAGCAAUGUAUGGAUACGGUGGGGCAGAAGGCUGGUGGACAAGUGAAGGCUGGACCGUGUCAUGGACAAGGCGGAAAUCAGGCAUUCUCUCUGAGCGGAAAUGGCGAGCUAAGAUUUGAUGACCUGUGCCUAGCAUCAAGUGGAGGCUUCACGAUGGACACUGGAGUGAAAUUGGAACGAUGCUCUACAAAUGGCACCCCAACCAACCGCCAUUUGUGGAAAUACCUAGAAGCGACCAAUCAACUCGUCAACGAAAAAGCCGAUCAAUGCAUAACGAUCGGCAGUGAGAAUAAAAUCGUGCUUGCCGCCUGUGAAGCCGGUGAGGAAAAUCAACGAUGGACUCUGGAGGGAUAUCAGAAAAAGGAGCAA